AUGAGCCGCCGACGUCGAUUCCUCUCGGUCCUCUUCCUCGUCACCAUCGCCAUCGUCGUCCUCUACAACUCCUACCAGGCCGUCGGCAGCUUCCUCCGCCUCUUCGUUCCGCAUGCCGGCUACCCGCUGAACCAGGACCAGGCCCUGGCGCGAUUCCGCGUUCAGAAGAACCAGCCCAAGAAUGUCCCGCGCCUCAUCCACCAGGUUCUGCACAACUGGCGGCCCGUGGGCAACGACUCGGCCCUGCUGCCAGAGUGGGAGACGCAGCGGCAGUCAUGUCGGGACCAGAACCCCGACUGGGAGUACAAGGGCUGCGUCAACAGCUUCGAGAGCCUCCGACCAUACUCGGCCUUCAUCGCCGAUCACCGCCGCGGCACCCUCAGCGACAAGGUCCUCGGCGGCGCGCCCCAGCACCCGUUCUGGGUGAGCGUUACCGAGACCAUCCCGCGGCACUCGCACUGGUACGUCUUCCCGUCCCUCGCCGUGCUCUACGGCACCGGCCGCUGGUUCCUCACCGCCGCCUGGGACCGCUGGCACUGGGACAACUGCCAGCAGUCGCUGUUCCGCACGGGCCCUCGCGCCGCCGACUGGCUCACGCGGCUGUCCAUGCCCCGCUGGCGCGGUGCCCCCGAGUGGUCCAUCUUCAGCAGCCACCGCGGCGGGCGCGCAGCCGACUGGCCGGUCGACAUUUUCGUGCUCGGGCGCAAGCACUGGGUCGUGUCGAUCGUCAGCGGCGUGGUCGGCGUCGUGGUCGGCGUGUAUCUCGGCGUGAAGCUGUUUCGGAGGCGAUGCGCCGCGCGCAGACGGAGGGGAUACCGACCGGUUGUUGCGGAGAGCCGCGUGUAG